AAUCUGCUCCAAAAUAAUUGCGUGUGCGGUCUACUGCUCCAAAACGGAGUCACGUCUGCCGGCGGUGUCGAAACCACAGCCAGCCAUACAGGCGGCCGGCGCAACCAUGGCUCGUCCUUCGAAGCUCUACCUCGUCUUCUACAACUCCCUCCAAGCGCUCGGAUGGUUCCUCGCCCUCCUCCGCCUCCUGCCCUCCCUCGUCCCUCCCUUCCCUGUCCACUCCGCGUACGUGGUCACCGGCGACCUCAUCUGUUUCCUGCAGACAUGUGCGUUCCUUGAAACGGUCCACGCUGCCAUAGGAUUGGUGCCGACCGCGCCAUUUCUUGCUUUCUUGCAAUGGGGAGGGAGGACCCACUUCAUCCUGGCUGUUGUCCGGCAAAUUCCCGAGGUUCAGAGGAGUCCAUCUGUGUACAUAACAUUUAUAGCUUGGAGCAUAUCUGAGGUCAUCCGUUACUCUCACUAUGCUCUGACUACCUUAAAAGUUUGUCCAGGAUGGCUGACAUAUCUCAGGUACACUGCUUUUAUCCCGCUGUAUCCAAUCGGGGUUGGACCAGGAGAAAUGUGGACUAUGUAUCAAGCUCUCCCAUUUGUGAAGAAGAGGAACCUUUACUCAGGUUUCUUCAAGAAGUUCUCCAUGAGCUACCAUUCAUUUCUAGUGGGUGUGCUGGUGAUCUAUCCGUUCCUGUGGCUGAAGCUGUACCUGCAUGUGUUCAAACAACGCAAGUCCAAGCUGGGAAAGGGGAGCAGGAAGAAACGAGCCUAAGAAAAAUCUGGCUCAGCUCAGCUCAGUUGUCUACAUUGAAGCUGAUCACGCUUCUCUGUGCCUACAGCAGGCGACUGUCAGAUAAUAAUUCAAGUGGUCAAUGCCAGAUGAGGAUAAUACAAACUUAAUAAUCAUUGAGGUCUUGUUUGGAUGUUGUCGGAUUCACCUCAAUCCACAUGUGUUGAAGUGGAUUGAGGUGUAAUUUAGUUCAAGUUUCACUUCAAUCCACCCCAACACAUGUGGAUUGAUGUGAAUCCGACUACAUCCAAACAAGGUCUGACACAGCAGAGUCACAGCCACCCUUGUACAUGGUGAUGGUUGAUUGUUUCUUCAAUGACUUAUUGGAGCCUUUUUUUUUAUUUUAAUCAUCUACCCUGAUGCAGAAUUACCACAUGUAUUUAUGUUGCUCACUUGAAUUCAAUUGGAAUCCAAUAAGCCAUUGAAAGUGAUACUGCAUUACUAGCA